AUCAUUCGUUAUCGAUUUCACAAGCGGUACGGUGUUACUUUUCGUUUAUUUUAUUAUUUUAAAGUUAAUAAAAUGGUGAAGGCAUGGUAUAUGGACAGUGAAACAACCGACCAGCGUUUGGAGCAUCACAAAAACCCUCCAGAAUUCAUCUCUUUGGAGGAUUUAUUUAAGAAAACCGGUGUCGAGUAUUUCAAACUUAAUGUGGAGACAUAUGCAACAGAUGGAGUACUAGACAAGUUGAAGAAGGAGCGCGGCUACACAUAUGAGGAUGAGAUGGCCUGCUCCAAGGAGUGCCUGCCCAACUACGAGGAGAAGAUCAAGUCAUUUUUCACCGAGCAUCUGCAUACUGAUGAAGAAAUCAGGUUCAUCCUGGACGGGUCGGGCUACUUCGACGUGCGAGACGGCGCCGACCAGUGGAUCCGCAUCGCGGUCGGCGCCGGCGACAUGAUCGUCAUCCCCAGCGGCAUCUACCACCGGUUCACACUCGACACCAAUAACUACAUUCGCGCUAAGCGUUUCUUCAUCGGCGAGCCGGUGUGGCUGCCUUACAACAGGCCAGCGGACGAGAUGCCGGCCAGGAAGGAAUACAUCGACAAGCUGCAGAAGGGAUUCGUCGCCGCCGCCUGCUAGAACAGAACAUCAUACAUACGGUCACGAGUACUAAUAUGUAAACACUUUGAAACCACGUCAUAUUAACUUUUUUGACAAAUCUUCUUCUUCUAUCGUGUGGGUUGUGAGGUGAAUUACCAACCUCAUCAACCCUGGUGUCAGGGUUACUAUUGAGCCGCCAAAGGCCCCUGACAUGACUCAUAUAACGACUACGUACUUACAUCAGUAAGUAGUAACCGGGACCAACGGCUUAACGUGCCUUCCGAAGCACGGAUCGUUUUACUUUCAGACAAUCAGGUGAUCGGCCUGUUUUGACAAAUUAAACCGCAAGUCUCAUUAAAUGUCAAAUAUGAUAGUGCGACAGGGUUCUAAAGUGGGUACAUGAUAUUACUCAUGACUACAUAAACAACCUAUACAAGGUGUUAGGGACACCGCAACGAAAACUUUAAGGGAUGUUUCAGAACAUCAAGUCGAUAUCAAGUGGAAUUUUCCGUCGCAAUAGUCAUCACUAAGAGCCACGCGCUUGUCGGGGUAGCAUUCUCCAUUCUACACCGACAAGAGUGUGGCUCUUAAAUUAGUGAUGUAUCAAAGUCAAUUAUUUGAUCGACACAAAGAACUAUAUCAACAUAAUGAAAUUUUGCAAUAUGUGAUAUUUUGUAAUGAUCAUUUUUUAUUUAGUAUUUAAGGUAGCGAUUAGGAUUACUAUAUAAAGGGUUCUUGCAUUGCAAGUUAAAAAUAAA